AGUUCGAGACCCCAGUCCUUUUACGCACGAAGCAUUCCUGAAGAACAAAAUGAAGACGAAAAUGAAGAGUCGAAGCCUACUAAGGGCAGCACUACGCGGAAGAUACGAGACAAAGUUGGUGGCGCUUUCAGCUGGGUCAGGUACAAGGUCUUCAUGUGCUUCUUCAGGCACGGGAUCUAAGUCCUAAUUGGCAUCUAUGUCGUCGGAUGAUACGAGGUGGCCUGGUGCAAGAGAGAUGGACGCGAUCUUGAUCAUAAAGAGUUGGUUGGGUGGUAAUUAUGAAAGACAUGCGGAGGGUUGUAAGCUCCGGUUCGUCGGGUGUGGUUCGCGUGCUGCAGGCUACGCACAGGCGCGGUCAUACACGUCUUUGUCUUCAAUUUGGUCGACGGCCCUCUUCUUUCAUAUUGCGACGCUCAUACUCAUCUUGGCUAUGAAUCACCAGCAUGUCUGGACUGGAAAUCUUACUCUAUCCUCUGGGCGUUUGGUCAGAGAUAUUGUUCUUGCAUCUCCUCACGCGCCAUUCCCGCCCUCAGCGGCCUUGAGUUUCUUGUCCGUGGUCGACGUCUCUCAAAUUCCGCUGUACUUGGCUGCCGGAUCACCCUUUAGUGUUUCAACAUCAUGUAUAGAAACGGAGGAUUGGUUCGCCUCCUUGCUAGUCAACACUGCUCAAUAUACUAACCAAGAACAUGAUACUCCUUGGUGGAAAUCACUCAUUGGGCAAAGUCCAGUUGGCAUUCUCGCGCACGUGGAACAUACCCAGUCUGAUCAACAACACUCGGCAGCAGCACAUAUCACUGAAAUUUUGUUCUAUAGCGAAAGUGGCCCGGCGGAUUCUUUGCCAAAUGGCGACAUCUCCAGUCCCGUCGCAAGACUGGUCGUAAAAGCCCUACCUCUAUCAUCAGAUCAAAUCUUCACCCUAGAUCACACGGAUCAGGCCGGGCAAGACGCAGAAGCUGAUUCUUGCUUCCUUCCUCCACGCCCGACAGCUUUGCAACGAGCUGAAGAGUUGAAGAAGCGCAAGGUCGUUGACAAUGUAUUCGAUCAAGCCACUGAACAACGCCGGCAAGCUAAAAAGAAAGGCGGUGUUAGUAUUGCUGCUGCUGCCUCACGGCAUGACGUCUCUAUAUCACACAAGCGAAAAGCCUCGUUAGAUACAAGACCUGUCAGCGCCGGUGGGACACCAGUGACUAGCGACAUCUUCCGCACCAGAUCACCAACCCUUGCACCGGACUCACGACCAUCAAGCCGGCGAGGUAUAGCGGAAGGACCACAAAAGCAUUCCUCGUUAUCGCGAGUCACGAGCAUUAUUUCUACUGAGCAGUCCGCCAUUGAAGAGAAAAAUCGCGAGCUGAUUUCUAGGGUUGUCCUUGCUGCGAUGCGCAUGUAUGGUUUUCAGCAGCGCCGAAAGACGAAGAGACCAAGAGCAGGCUCUGUCAUAGCGCAGGGAACGAUUACUGAGACCGAGCAAGAGGCCAAGGACGCGGCGAGUGAUGAAGAAUAUAAACUUGUGUAUCAUCAAGCUUUCAAAGGAACCACUUUUGCAUUCCGACGGACUAUCGGUACAGAACAGCUUGCACCAAAUAUGGACAGCGUGCGGGGUGUUGUUGAUAAACUGCUUAUCGUCUUUUCCACGGAUCCUCUACUGCCUGUGCCUCCUGAGGAUAAAGCUGGUGCAGAUCAAGUAAGGGGUGCAAUUUUGACCCCUGCUCAAGUCCGAGAAGAUCCUUUCGAUCAAUUAGCGAGCUCCCAGAUCUCGGAAGGUGGAACUGUGAAUACACUACUUGGACGGAGGCUGCAGAAGGAGCCGGGCUAGACCAAGAGGCUCCCUGAAUUCAAUAAUUUCCAAUCAGAUUCAACUAUUCGUGUCUUUGUGAUAAAUACUGGCA